AUGUUACCAGAAACAGUAAAUCCACUGAAUCCACAGAGUUUCCCUUCAUAUAAGGAUUUCUAUAAUAUAUUCGAAAAUGGGGGAGCAGGAACCUGUACAGGUGGAUGCCAGACAGAUACACAGAUAUCCGGAAGGUUACGGGGGAAAAUAGAAGAACAUAGUAAAGUACCAGGAUCAGCGUGCUAUGCGUGCAAAGUGUAUAAAGAAAAGGACAGCAAACCACCUAAAAAAGAAGCCUACCAUUUCUUAUAUUAUUGGAUAGGGGACAAAUUAUCUAAGAGUAAAACAGUAACGCCCACCUUCCAAGCUGUAAUAAGUGCUAUUUGCGGAGAUAUAAAUAACUAUUGUGGUCAGGGAGGGAGCGGGCAAUGUAAAAUUCCCUGUGAUGAUGAACCCAUUGGCAGGGAUGAAUUCAAACAGAGGAAAAAAGUCUUUGAUUAUUACUACGAUUAUAAUACUGUGAUGGGAGUGUUAGGGAAUGGGGAGUCCCCCUGUGACGCACACUGGUCCAGUUACCUAACGGAAGCGUCUGCAGCAUGUAAUGCUGUGAGAACAAAAUGUGCAGCAGAUAGUGAAAACAAGCAUAAGGAAUAUUGUACCGAAUUUAACAGGAAGUACGACCUAUAUUGUGAUAUGAUAGAAGUGCCAAAACUGAAAUGUGCAUUAGAAUCACUACAAAAUAGAAUAGUGUCCGAAGUAGUACAAAAAGCAUCCUCCAUAGCAAACGAUGCUUAUAAUCUCCUACCAUCUUGGUUUAGUAACCACUCUUCUGGAGGAGGAAGAAAAAGUAAUAGAAGAAGAAGAUCCACCGGAAACAACUUGGAUGUUUCCACAGAAGAUAGCUCCACCAUAGCUUCAACAUUCGAUUCAACAGAAUACUCCACAGCAUAUACUACACGACCAUCUACCACCAGGGAAGGAAGAGAAAAUAGUACUAAUAGAAGAGGACAGGAGCAGCAGCAAGGGCAGAAUAUAAGUUAUCAUAGUAUGUAA